AUGUGGCAAAUUUGGAAAUCCGGAUGCAUAACAGUAUUUGAAGAAAAAGUCUCACAUCCUAACAGUAUCAUAAUAAGCAUUAGACAAUUUUGCAUGAAAUACAACAUAUUAGGUAGUGAGACUAACUCUAUAAGCAGAAACAAUAGAAGCAGGACUAAAGAUAAGUGGAAAAAACCACCUGAAAAUUGGUGGAAAUUAAAUUUUGAUGCUGCUUUUGAUAAGGAUACAAAUAUUUGUGGCAUUGGGCUAAUUUUAAGAGACUUUGCAGGAAGAUUUGUGGAGGCCAUGGUGAAAGUUACUAAAGCUAGAGAUACAGAGCAGGGGGAAAGUUUAGCUCUGCUAGAAGCUGUGGAAUGGGUCAGAAGUAGAAAUUGGAGGAAUGUUAUCAUUGAAGGAGAUUGUAAGACUGUUAUUGAAGCUGUGACUUCAAAUUUUGGCAAUUCAUCUUGGCAGGAUCAUAAUCUUCUUUCGGAUAUUAGUAGGUUAGUAAAAGCUAGUAGUAAUAUCAGUUGUACUUUCUUUCCUAGGACUGGUAAUGAAGAGGCUGAUGGAUUAGCCAAAUAUGGCAAAAGAUAUGAAUGUAAUCAAGUAUGGUCUGUUAACCCACCAAGAUGUAUCCACUCAAUUCUUGAGUUGGACAACCCUAUAUAA